AUGAAGCUCCUGCUAUUCCUAGUGACCACCUGCUCUGCCGCGCUCUUCCAGGCGUCUAUCAACUGCAAGCGGUUCAACCAACAGGCGAAUAGGUACUUCAAUUUUGAUGACUCGUGCAUUGGAAACAUCACGAUUGGAACUCCACCACAGUCAGCCUCGGUUUUCAUGGACACCACUUCAGCCAACUGGUGGGUGAUUGGCUCAAAAUGCACAUCUGCUAACUGUAAUGGAUACUCAGGGAUCAGAAAACACAAGUUCAACACAACGAAGUCGACGAGCUUUGUGGAAGGAAAUCGAACAUUCAGCACUGAAUACGGGCUGUGCACUGGGUACCUGGGAACGGACACAGUUCAGAUGGGAGGCCUCACCAUUACAAAGCAAGAGCUUGGAAUUGCAACCAUUGUUGGUCUAGGUUUUGGACUGAAACCUUAUGUCGGAAUUUUCGAGCUCGCGUGGCCAGCACUAUCCGUUGAUCAAGUAACUCCACCAAUGCAGAAACUCAUCUCCCAAAAUCAGCUGGAUGCUCCGAUGUUCACAAUCUGGCUUGAUCAAAAGGAUCAGGGCGUCUAUGUAGGAUACACUGGACUGAUCACCUAUGGAGGCUUCGACAACAAGAACUGCGAUGCAAAUGUUACCUACGUCGCUUUAUCCUCAAAAACAUUCUGGCAGUAG